AUGUGGACUAAUACCUCAGUGCCUCAGAGCCUCAAGUUAGAACACGACUAUGAUGUCCGUGUUGAGUUCCCUCUAGAAGGGGAUGGACAUUCGACUCUGAGAAUCAAAAAUCUGACAGAGAGUGAUUCCGGCGAGUAUCGCUUCAAAUUCAUCACACAAGAUUUUGAAUGGAUGAGUGGUUUACCUGGAACCAAUCUGACAGUCGCAGGUCUGCGGGUGCAUGCAAACGUCGUCAAAGAAGAAAAUUCUCUCGUGGUUGCUCAAUUGUCAUGUGAAAUGAACUGCACCCCAGAACUUCUUCCAUCUUUCUGCUGGUCACGGAAUGGACGCCAGGUAGCUCCCUGUGCAACUUUCCAGACGACCAGAGAAAUUACUUUAAAUCCUGGAGACUACGUCACCUGUGGUGUGGAAGGACAUCCCCUCAGUGUCUCCCCUCGCCUGUAUGCUCUGAGCACUCCCUCAGUAUUGCUGAGUGAUUCUCAUGAGAUCCUAGAAGGUAAUCCACUGACUCUGAAAUGCAGCACCGAUACCACAUCAGCUGAACACCGCUGGUACAAGAAGAUCAGACCUUCAAAUCAUAAAUUCAUGACAUACGGAUUAAUGAUGGUCUUCAGCAAUGUCAGUUAUUCAGACUCAGCAGAGUAUUUCUGUACUGUGGAGAACGAGCUGGGGAAGAAGACAUCUGAACCUGUUGUGAUUGAUGUUAAAUUUCCUCCAAGGUUCUCCUCUUUGUGGGUGAGUCCAUCAAACGUCGUAAAGGAGGGCCAGUCAGUGAAUCUGAACUGCAGUAGCGACGCUAACCCAGCCGCUAGCUACACCUGGUAUAAGGACAACCAAAUUGUGCUCCAGGGAACAGAAAUACAUUACCGUUUCACCUUCAUCCGCUCAGAAGAUGCUGGAAGCUUCUACUGCAAGGCACAGAAUAAAUACGGACACAUCACGUCUUCAACAGUGUUCAUAGACGUCCAGUACGCCCCGCGGCUUUUGCGGACAUUUGUGGCUCUGUCCUCUAAGGUGACGGGAGACCGCUGGUUGACGCUGACCUGUCGCAGCGAUGCUAACCCGGUCGCUAACUACACUUGGUACAAGGACAACUCACCGGUGGCGACGGGGCAGAACUUCAGCAUCCGACCGGAGGACGUCGCCACUUACGUCUGUGAGGCCAGAAACAGCCGAGGGCUACGCCGGAUUACCGUGUACAUGGAUGCAACUCUAAGAAACAACAUCAUCAGGCUGAGUGUAGUGGUUGUACUCCUGAUCGUGGUGCUGCUGCUGGCGCUCUGUAUGAGGAACAUGACGUCUCCCUCCUCCUGGACCCAGCCAAACAAGCAGCGACAACCCAAAGAGCGCCACCAUGGGGACUAUGAGAACAUCUACGCGACAGUGCAGACACACAAACAUCAGCAAGAGGACACGCUAUGAAGGACAUCCUGAUUUUGCCAAAUAAAAUUGCCCCCCCCCCAAAAAAAAAGUCCCUGUCACCUGUUGCUCGAUAGGAUUUACAGAGUCCAUCGUAACCGCCCCAUUGGCCAGUGACAAAACUUUAUGAGCGUAAGACAGAAAAAGGCAAUUUUUCAGGUCCACUCUCAGUAACAACUCCAUUUUCUCUUUAUUUUUUUCAUUUUAAUUCGGUCCGUGAUGUGUGUUGAUAUUUGACUGUUUUAUUUUAUCCUGCAUUAUUUCGGGAUGAAAGCUCGAUUUUCAUCUUUUCGUGUAAUCGUUUUCUUUUUGUAUCCUUAUCUAUAUGAACAAUGGAUUUGCCCUGCGGUGCUGUACAAAUAAAGUUCCCUUGCCUC